AUGAUUAGAAAUUUAAUAAAGAAAGCCGACCUGCUUGUUGAUCCCUAUGAAUUUAAUAUUUCAUAAAAAGAGAAAUCUUUAACUCCGAUAGGUUAUAUAUAAUUUUAGUUUUAGGAGGUUUCAUAAGUAUGCUCCUCUUAAUUUUCACUUCUUUUUAUAUCGUUGGAGUAUUUCAGAGAAGCAUUCAAAAUCAGAACACUAUAUAUGCUGGUACAGAAAGCGAUAAAAACACUGAAUUUGUAUUGAGUAAUGAAAAUACGAUAUUUUCCAUUGAAUUAUCUACUCUAGAUGGAAAAAUUUUGAACAAUAAUACAAAUGUUAAAGAGUAAAUUAAAAGAUGAUUAUUCUAGUUAUUUUACGUUAACUGCAUAGUAUAUUCAAUAAUAAAGAGUCGAAGGUAAAAUAGGAUUUACAAGAAAUUACAGUUCAUUAAAUUAAUCCAAAUGCUCUACAGAAAAGGUCCAACAAUUCAAUUUUAAUUCAGCAUCAAUGACUGAAGAAUAAAAAGAAAAUUUAAUUUGUUUUGAUGGUGAUUUCACAUUACAAGGACAAUUCUACGAACCAUAUUUUGCUUACAUCAAAUUAACUGUAAGUGUAUGCAACAACUCAACUAGCAAAACAUGCAAGACUUCUAAAGAAAUUGAAAGUUUCAUCAAUAAAGGGUAAGAAUGUUGAAUAAUAUAAGUGUUAAUGUGGAUAUGUUCAUAAAAGGGUCGAAAAUUAAACAAUCCUUAAACAGUUCAAGUCCAGCAGAUAUAUUCUCUACUAAUAUAUUUUGGAGAUUAACAACUGGUAUUGGUGACAACGAAGAUAUUUAUAUGCAACCAUUAUAAAUGGAUUUAAGUAAAUUACAUUUAAAUAUCUAAGAAAAAAUAUAAUUUUUCAGCGAUAUUUUUAACAUUGAAAAUUCUGAGAGAUUAUAUAAUGGGUCAGUAGUUGAACGGUAAGAAAGGAGACAAGAACCUAUAUCGAUAAAUUCAGGGGUAGGAUUAUGCACAUUUUAUCUCAGGUAUUACGUUAAUGAAAUUUUAGAGCUUCAUCUGAUACUUCCUUUUACUUUGUUAUACAAUAGGAUUUACCCUCUAUUAUAUUAUCUGCAGUCUCUGAAGCAACGGCAUUGUUUUUGGCUGUUAUGCAGAUAGUCAAAAUAUUUUAUAGAUUUUAUAAUCAACAUAAGACCUUUGAAAUACUUAUGAAUUCAGUUUUUAAAUUUGAUUUAAAAAGUGUUUAAAAGAGAAAGUAAUCAUAUGUAAAUUAAUCAUAAACACCUGGGAAGAUGUAGUCAUCAGUAAAGAAUACAAAAAAACUAUUAUAACAGGUAAUUUUUGCAUAUUUAUCAAGAUCUUUGAUUAUACAAUAAAUUACUCGUUUUCUUAAUACAUAUUUUACAUCAUAAGAAAAUACUUCAAAAGCUGUAAAAAAAAUUUGGAAGAUGAAAAAGAAUUGGUGAUUUCGUAAAUAGCAAAAUCUAAGAUUGAAUUCGAUUUAGAUUUAACUAAUAUUUUAAAAAAAUUAUAUGAGAUAGAUUGCUUAAAGUUAUUUUUGUUUGAUGAUGAUCAGCUUAUGCUAUUCAAUUCAUUUUGUUCGCCCGUGUUCUAAGAUUAAAUGACUGAUCAGAAAGAGUUAUUCGAUAUCUUGACUGCAAGCAAGUAGAAUAAAUCGAUAAAUCAAUUACAACUAAAUUAAGCUCAUAUAGAUAAUAAUUAAAACAUCAUCAAGUAUGCAGCCACUUCAACAAGUAUUAUUGUGUGAUAAUAUUUAUAGUACCUAUUAAUGUCCGAUUAGCAAAACUGACAAGAUUCUUUAAGGCGUAACUUGGAGCAGAAAAUGCUUAAGAUUUAGUUGAUAAUUUUCAGAAGAUCACUGAAAAUAAGAAUAAAAAUUGGUAGCUUAAUGAUUAAUUAAUGCAAUUUGCUAUGUAGAAUAAAAGCUUAUUUAAUUUGGUUUAAUAAAAUUAUACAACGAAUUUACAAUAGUAAAAUGAAGAUGAGCAAAAAUAUUUAGAAGAUCAAAUUAGAUUAGAUGUACCAAAUGAAUUGGAAGAAGGCAGGAAGAACUCUGAAGUAGUUGGUAGCAAGGAAUCAGGUCAAAGUUUAAAGGAUCUAGAGAUACACCAAUCUCCAGAUUGUUUAUAGAAUAGACUUUAAUAACCUUGA